CAGCAGCAGCAGCAGCAACAGCAAGGCAGCAGCCAACCAACGCCCUACCUACCUACACGGCAUCAACAUGUUCAAGCUGGCGGUGAUCCUGUCCGUGGUGUGCGUGGCGGCGGCGCAGCUGCCCCCUGGCCCCGGCCCCGCGCUCUUCCCCGCCGGGCCCGCCCCCGGCCCCGCCCCCCGCGGGCCGCCCGGCCCCCACGGCCCCCACGAGCCGGUGCCGGUCGGACCCCACAUCAUCCCCGGGCCCGUCGGUCCGCUGGGCACGGGCCACCGCCAGGUGCAGGACUCCAGCUUCGAGAUCCACACCGACUCGCGCUACACGCAGGUCAGCAACCUGCGCGAGGUCAUCCCCCAGGUGAACAUCCCCAACCACCAUGUCUGAGCGGGCGGGCGAGCGACGCCGCCGAGCUGGGCGCCCGGACCGACAGCACAGACACGCAGCUUCUGGAAUCUGUAACAUGUUGAAAUAAAUUAAGCGUUUUGUUACAUAAAAAGCCUCUGUACUCUCUC